UAGCUAACAUCAGGCACCACCUCCAAACGUUCUGCAACUAAAACCAACUGAAACCCGCCAUUAAAUAUAUAUUUUAUUUUUUCGAAGACGCUGAAAAUGGCAGCUCGGCAGGUAACAAACGUCUAAUGUCGUUGUUACUUUUUGUUUUUUGAUAUUCGUUUUGCUUUAUCGAGCUAACGUUAGCUAGCUAACCGUCAAUUAGCUGUUAGCCGUUAAGAUAGCUAACAGUGUUAGCCGUUAAGAUAGCUAACCGUUAAUUUGCUAAUAGCCGUUAAGCUAGCCAACCGUUAAUUAGCUGGCUAGCCGUUAAGCUAGCUCAUCGUUAAUAAGGCUGGUGUUAAUUUUUCAGUCGUGAUGGAGCCACACUGGUCGACGGCUGCUUAUUCCGAUUUUCGGACAGUUUCGCACACUCAACCCAUGGCUGUGUUUCAGACAGUUUGGCCUGCUUUCCCCAUCACGUUACCGGAGGAGCAGACCGUUCACAGGCUGCCAUACGCGGCCGUGGUGGCGCCUUUACCCUGUUAUUACAAUAUGGUGAUUGGAGGGCCGAGUCCAACAGAGAUAAGGAAACUAUUUCUGAACAGGUCUGUAUUUGAUUUGGUGGAUGCUCAUAUCUACCUUGCCUUAACUGACCCCAGGCUGCUGGGUUGGUAUCUCAGUUUGUGUCCAGAGGACAGAAGGAUCAUUCAAGAUGACGGAGGGUUCAACCAGUUCCUGCAAAGACAUCCUGCCCUAGAACUGUCGAGGCAUCAUGUUUAUGUGAGGAAAACGCCCCGUACACAUCCAGACAUGGAGGUGCCUCCCAGGGUGAGGGAGACAUUGACCCUGCUUGGCCGGAGCAACUGGGGGGAUGGAUCACCAACGCAUCCACAUGAAGGAAUCUACCACACCAAACAGCAAGUCCCCCAGCAGGACCACAUCCAAACAACCUACGUCAGCCCCGUCACACAGGAACGAACCCAUCAGAAAGCCCAUUCAGUGAGGGGUUCCACCCAUGUGAACGAACCAAGGCCGUCACAGCAGAUGGUGAGCUGUAGCAGCAGUGCAGCUGUGAGGAAGGAUCCAACAGCCCUGGUGAGCUUCUCUCUGGAUGUGGAGCUGGAGAGAUGCAGACAGGGAGGACAGCCUGAGCUCAGGAGCCAGACUGCAGUGACACAGUGCCAAUGUGCUGAAUGCAGAUAUGCUGAAGUCAGUCCCUUAGACUCAGAAGUGCCAACAGUUGAAAAAGGUUCAUCUCUUGAGUUCUGCAGCUUUGACAGUAACCACAUGGAUGCUGCUGAGUACAAUGAUGGGAGUGUCAGCUCUCCUCUGGACCCAGCUGAGGAAAACAGCACCGUGGAGGGGUGUCAGGAUUACGUGGUUAAUGGUAAUGAGUACACUGAAGAUAACGAUGAAGGUAUCCUUACUUUUGAAGACCAGAUGGACAGCUUCCACAGCAUCAUGGAGGACGAUAAGAGCAUCGUUGUCUGUAUGAGCAGCAAAGAUGUGAAAGCUUGUAACAAUGGGGUUCAGUCAGGUCCAGUCACUGCGGAUAGUGAAGCAGCCGGCAGUGAGAUGUUGAAGUCUGAUCAGACUGUCAUCAAGAAGAAGACUACAGAAAGGUACACCUCCCCUGUGCCCUGCGUUUCUACCUGUGACAUUAUGGUCAGCACUGAGCCGCUACUGUGCACGUCAGCUGUCACCCAAACAGAUGAUCCAGAAACAGCUGACAAGCAUGUCAUCACUGAAGUCCACAUGGCAGAUCUGGACUAUCUCGCAGAGGAAUUUAUCAAACUCAGCACGGCUCAGCAGGAACUGAGAGCGCUAAAGGAGAAACGUGAAAGUUCUGGCUGUCAGUUGAGGAAGGAAUGUGACUGUGUCCACCGUGCUCAGCAGGCAGAACUGUCCCUGCUGGCCCUGCAGUACAGCAUGUGCAGACACUACUGCUGGAGUCUCUGCUGUACCUCUGCUGAUGGAGGCCAGCUCAACCCAAAGGCAGGUAACCCUGCUGUGGACAUUGUAAGUGCUCUGCAGAAACUGGAAGCUGACUUUAAUCAGAUGAGAGAGAGGAUUCUGUCAGGAGUUCCUCUGGAGCAACUUAAUCCUCUGACCGUCGAUUUUGGGAAGGUGACCACAGCAGCCAGUUACACCCCUGCACAGACCACAGGUGAUGUGCUGGGGAUUGUUCCAUCCUGCAGCUCCCAGGAGCCACAGAAACAAGAUACAUCAGGUGAAGAAAACAGACGUCCCUGUAACCAAAGCAGAAGUGGCAGCCAGGUCAAGAAGGAGGAGAGCAAAUCGAGGAGAGCUGUCACUCUUAUCCCUCAGGGUAGAGAUGCUACACACAGAGCAGACAAGCCAGAGGAAAAGCAGACAAAAGCUGAAUGCAAAGAGCUCAACACAUCUGAGGCGUGGUACGAUGCUGAAGAAGACCUGGAGUGUGCAGGACCUGCGGAGGCUGCUGACACGGGACAGGACCCAGCCGUGAACGCUGAAGAUAACGAAUCAGCCAGUGAGGAGGUGAAGAGUUCAGUACUGUGUGUUUCUAACCUACCCAGAGAUGUGACAGAGAGUGAUGUGAUGCUGUGGUUUGAGAAAUACCAUCCCACUGAGGUCAGCAUCUUGGCUUUAAAGAAUGAUUUGAGAGUUGCCAUAGUGAUGGUAAGUGGAGUCCACUCUGCCGAGGCUGCAGUGAGAGAGCUGAAUGGCUGCUGCAUGGAAGGCCGUACUUUACAUGUGAAGCACAUCAGCAGAGCCAGUGAUGGAAGCCAGAGCCAGGCCUCCGCCUCCGCCAGUGGGCCGGAGCCUUCACAGGAGGCCGCCAAACCACAAAACUCCAACACUCACUCCAGCAGCUCCGACAGAGAGCUGAUAACUCGGCCUCCGCUCAGCUCCAGCAUCAAGACCAGGAAGGUGGUCUGCAUCUCGCCCACAGCGAAGGGAACCUGCGUGCCCCAACACUACGGCACCAUGGGCAGCUUCGACACCCUGAUGGCAGAGCUAACACAGCUCCACCCAGACAUCGGACGGCAGAGGAUUGUGGAUGCUUUGAUCGAGCUGAAGGCCAAACACCAGGGUGUCCUCAGCGGCCUGCCCCUCCGCACCAUCAGGGAGAUGGUAUCUGAGCUGCUGACCAGGCCGGCGAGAGCCACACAGUCAUGAGGAGGCUUCAAAAUGUUUCUUUUUGUUAGCAGUGAUUUGUUAGAACGGCAUCUAAACCCCUCAGAGUUUUCUUUACACCUCAGAUAUUUGAACAAAUGGGGAAAUUAUUCAUCUAAAAAGAGUAGUUUAUAAUCCAUCGUAGCAUCAUAUCGUUACUGAGAGCAGUUUCUUUUGGAUGUUCAGUAACUGCUACAUUGAAAGUUGAAGGGCCUCACACAGCGCCUCCUCUGUCAGUUAUCUGGCAGUUAAAUUAGUUUUAAAGAUAAUUUUAUUAUUUUAAUCUUAUUUUUAAUUAAAGUUUAUAAAGAUUUCUGAAACUGUUCUACGUUGCACACAGCUGUAUAUGCAGCAGCUUAGUUUGGAUUCAGUCAAUAAAAGACUUAGUUUAAAAGAUUUUCUACCUCAGCUUUGUUGUGGUCGUCGUGAGCAUCUGUUUGACUCAAGCGCUUUUCAUUUCAGUUGUUCAAAGAAGCUGUGUUGGCAUGGGAAACAUGUUUACAUUGCCAAAGCAAGCGUUAAAAUGAAAACCAAACAAAUGUACAAUAAGUAAAGAUCUACUAGAAUAAAGACGUGCAAACAGCUCUGUGAAACUGCAGCAUUGUUAUUGAAUUAUAAAUGAAAGUAGUUAAAGUUCAAUUUAAAAAUACAAACAGAAAAGUUGUGGUUUUGAUCUUAAAAAUAUAUAUUUACUGAUCAGCCACAACAUUAAUCGCUGACAGGUGAAGUGAAUAAUAAUGAUGAUCUUGUUACAGCAAAAUGUCCUGCUGAGAAACCUUUGGUCCCUGGAUCCAGACAUCGCAGGACACCCCAGGAGGUCCUGUGUCUGUCCAUACCUCGACAGGUCAGAGCCAAGUGCAACCCAGAGAGGCCCACUGUGGAUCCGGGGUCAGAUUUGGAUCUCGGGAAUUUAGAGGCCAGGUAGACGUCUUGAGUUCAGUGAGAGGUGUACUUCCUGCAACAGUGUUUGGAUGGAUAAGUCCACAUGAACACCAGGACCCAAGGUUUCCCACCAGGACGUUGCAUUGUAAUGAUUAUGUUCACUUUACCUGUCACUAGUUUUAAUGUGUGGCUGAUUGGUGCAUACGUACAUACAGAUAAGUAAAGAUAGCUUUCUUUGAUAGUCCUAAUUGUGGGGAGGCAGCACCUUAGUUCAGAGGCUCCAAACUGGUGCAGCCACAUGGUCCAGAUCUGUCCUUAGUCAGUAGUUCAAGGUCCACACAGUUUAACACAUUGAGCCUCAUACUUGUGUUUGGCCUUUUGUCAAGCCAGUUUACUGUCUCUAUCAAGUAGCUGUUCAUUAGUCACUUGCUCUACAGCAGGAAACAGCUCUUCAAAGUAAAAGCUUUGUGCCAGAAAUUCACUGUACUUCAAAAAUAAAGUGUGUUUGCAGUCCAUGCAGAAUGGACACACAAGCUACCAGUUGGGAACCACUGGCUUAGUCCAGGGGCCUUUGGGUUGCUGGUUCAAGUCUCCAUUCCAAAUAUGGAGUGUGGACUGGCUGCUGGAGAGGUGCCAUUUCACCACCUGGGCACUGCUGAUGUGCCCUUGAGCAAAGCACUGAACCCCCAACUGCUCAGGGCUCCUCUCCAUGAGCAACUGUGACAUCUCUCUGUUUAAUGCAUGCAUGGGCUCUGUUUGUGCGUGUGUAUUUCAGGCCUGUGUGUGUAUAACAGUGGAAACACUGAAUUUCCCCUCAGGGAUUAAUAAAGUGUAUCUUAUCUUCAUUGGAUGAUACUGCAGACACACCGCCCACCAAGAGGAGACAGAGGGAAGAAACUUCACAUGUUGAAUCUUCAGCUGAGAAGGUAAAGCCAGGUGAACACGGCUCCCUUUGACCCUCUGGACCAGGUUGUACGUGGUGCACUGACUCCUCACAGAUGGCACCACGUUACCAUGAGCUGUUCUGUACUUCAAUACCUUUUGAUCCAACAAAUGU